AAUUUUUCACUCUCGCGCCGCUCUGACCCAUCACGACGACAAUGAAUAAGCUGCAGCCUCUGGGAAUGCAAUCUGGCGUCGCGUUAUCAUCAUCCUCCGCUCAGGCUGUCUCGGCCGCUGCUGGGAUUGACGCGGACGUGCUUGAGCGGCACCCUCACUUUGCGCGGAUGGUCGAGGCGCUGCUUCAAACCACCGCGCUCGUCAGCGGCAGUACAUCAGCUGGAUCCCUAGGAGGAGCAGGCAUUCCGCGCGCGACACACGAAGCACUGAAGCGGACGCGGGCAGACGCAGACGUCCAGCGGCAGGCGUACCUCGAGGCUGCGUGCGUCUACAGCGAACUCGAGGCCGCGCUGCUCGUCCAGCCGCAGUCCAGCGAGGAGCAGCGAAUCCAAGCCAACGCUGCAUGCAUUGAAGCAGCGCAAGUCGUGCACUUGUCACCGCGGGAUGGCCGUGGCAGCAGCAGUCAAGCCUCGGACGAUCGCCAGUCCACGAAACAAGCUGAAUUUGGCGCCAAAUCCGCUCGUCAUUCGGCGGGAGAAACCCUGCUGGGACUAAGCUCGGCAGACCUCGCACAGGACGCUUCCGAUGAACUGGCCGCGUUAAACGGAACGCUGGUACGACAAAUCGAGGCGCAGAUUCAAGACAAGUGCUCUGCCUUGUUGGCAUUUUACACACCUGUUAGCAGUGCAAGCGGAGCGCAGAAUAGUACCACGAUGGCUGCACGCAUGAGUGCGUUCGUGGAUGGAGUCCAACGCGACCAAGCGCUGUUGCAGCAAAAGCAAGACUCGAGCACCAACGACUCGCGUCCGAACGUUCAAAUGGAAGCCUAUUUUACAGCCCUCCUGCAAACGCUUCGCACAAUGCACGAGAUGGUGUCCAAGCACCUCUUGGGUUCACAAGCGCAGUUCGACGCAGCAACCUCAAAAUGGGCUGCGGCCAAAUGCGAAGCGAUGGGGCUGAAGCUCAGUGUUUUGGCGAUGCAAUUAGAGCAUGAUACUUACACGCCCGCAACCUUACCUGCCCUUGCACUCCUAAGGGAUUACGUUAGCACAGCGUUUGUCGAGUCUCGCACCGAGCGCGACGCCAGUAACCGAAUGCUCGUCGCGUAUCAAUCGAUCGGCUCCAAAUUCACCGAACUCGUGCGCGAGUACGGGAGUGUGCUGGAGGAAAUUGAAAAUCGUCGCUGGGCGCUGGAAGAGCUGCGACGAGACCAAGCUCCGACGCAUUUCUGAGAAACGGGUUGUUUCAGUUCUGGUGUUUGUUAGUCGAAAAGAAACGUUCUUGAAAAAAACAAUCAAAUAAUGUUACAACACAGAGG